AUGGAGGGACCAGAAAAGAGGCGCAAAAAAGUGUCAAGAUCUUGCGUUUUUUGCAGAAGGUCGCAUUUAAUUUGUGAUGAACAACGCCCGUGUAAAAGAUGCAUAAAAAGAGAUAUUGCACACCUUUGUACCGAUGAACCUCUUUCAAAUUCCGUCACACCCGUAUCAAUAACCGAGCCUGAUGAACAACUAAGGCCUGGAGAUAACGAAAUUAAAAAAAAUGACCAUAUGGAAGGCUUGCACAUGUAUAAUGGCAGCGCAUCACAGAUGAACAGGGCACCAAGUUUCUUAACACAGCAGCCCACCUUUGUCUCAGAACAUGUUGGAUCUGAGUUUAGUUCAUUGAAUGCUUUCCUCAACAUGUUAGAUGAUCCUGUGCUGAUGAAUCAUGGCCCAGCUACUAAUAGCGAAAUUUCAAGUCAUCACUCUCUGCCUCAACAGUCUAUGAUAGGAAGUCCGGAGCCUUCUCUCCCAGUUUUACUUGAAGAUCAAAAUUCAGCUGUUGAAAAUGCACCAACACCGAAGGAGCAUUUUUUCCUGACAGCUGCUGAUCCUUCCACCGAAAUGACACCAGAAGAUAGAUUAAAAUCAGUAAUAAAUGCAAAACUCGAGGCUGGAUUAUUACAACCGUAUAAUUAUGCGCAAGGAUAUUCGCGGCUGCAGAAUUACAUUGAUAAAUAUAUGAAUCAGUCCUCAAAACAAAGAAUCUUAAAACCGCUGUCGACAAUUAGACCUGCAUUUAGAGCAAUUGCGCGAUCUUUGAAAGAUGUUGAUUUAGUAUUGGUAGAGGAAGGGUUUGAAAGGCUACUUUUGUCUUAUGACAGAGUCUUCACAUCAAUGAGCAUGCCUGCAUGUCUAUGGCGACGCACGGGAGAAAUAUACAGGGGAAAUAAAGAAUUUGGCUCUUUGGUCGAUUGUACAGUGGAUGAUCUUAGAGAUGGCAAAUUAGCGAUUUAUGAACUAAUGUCAGAGGAGAGUGCAGUAAACUUUUGGGAAAAGUAUGGUUCGAUAGCCUUCGAUAAGGGUCAAAAAGCUGUUUUGACUAGUUGUAAUUUAAGAACAAGAGAUGGAAGGAAAAAAAGGUCGUGUUGCUUUAGCUUCACUAUAAGAAGGGACAGAUAUAACAUACCUAUUUGUAUAGUAGGCAAUUUUAUACCAAUAUCAUGA